UUUAUAGCCUUUAAAGUAAUUCCGCCCUUGCUUGGGGCCGAAGAUGAGUCUGAUCGGAGCAGGAAAGGUAGAGGGAGAGAGGUGAUGGACGGCGAGCUUCAAACGCGUGUCAAGAAGCGAGGCAGUUAAAAGACCUCCGGUGUCCAGGAUGCGAGGUCCGAAUGAAACCCGCUCGGCCUCGUUUUAAAGUUAAGUGUAAUUUUACUCCACGCAAGACCAAGAAAACAGUGGGCUUUGCUAGAACCAGAGUCCGGCCGUGAUUCUUUCAAACUGCACAAAAAAAGCCACAACUUUUCCCCCAGUACUUACCAUCAUCUUCUAGGGUUUUGCAAGGACCUCAUGAUCUUUUACGUAUGCUAACGACACCAGUACAAGCUCUCUGAUCAUAUCCAAGUGUCUUCUCCUACAUAAGCAAUCAUCAAUUGUUUGAAGAACUUUGCUUGAUUCCACAUGAAACUUGAAGGAAAACUCGAUAUUCCGUCAUUAUUUCACAAAUUCAAACAUGGAUUGGGAACUUUGCCUCAAGUGAAGUGGGUUUCAGCUUCUGGAUUUCAUAUAUCAUUGGCUGGUCUAUUGGGUGUUGCUGGUAUUAUCUUUGCCCUCAGAGACGGUAAAAUUAGAAAUUUUAAUUGCUUACCUUGGUCAUCAGAUAGUGAUGGUUCUUUGGAGAAGAAGUGGGUAGUACCUGGAUUGCAAAAUCUUGGCAAUAAUUGUUUCCUAAAUGUGAUUUUACAGUCUCUGGCUAGCUGUUCUUGCUUUCAAAGUUUUCUUCAAACAACUGUAGAGGAAUAUGAAUGUUUGCUGGGAAAGGAAUGGACCGAUAGCUUGCCUCUUACUGUUGCCUUGGCUUCUUUGAUGGAAGAAUUAUGUAACCUCCAACGUGAAAGGAUGGCACUAAGUCCACGGAAAUUGAUGCUUGUGAUGAAUCAUUAUAUUUCUAACUUCAACCUUGCCAACCAACAGGAUGCAGAGGAAGCGUUCUUUCAUAUUUUAUCCUCUUUACGAGAAGAAGCUUCAAGUUGUUAUGUUCCUGUAUAUAUGUCUCUGGCAAAUGUGACUGCCAUUCCUAAUAGUCGAAUUCUUGCUCCAAAGAGGAUGGAGGAGCAAAGCGAGCAUGAAAGAUGGCGACAAAGUUUCCUUGGGCCCUUUGAUGGAAUUCUUGGAAGCAUUUUAACUUGCGAAAGCUGUUCGUUUCAGAUCUCUCUGGAUUUUCAAUUUUUCCAUAGCUUACACCUUUCACCAGUGCUUUGUGGCGGUGCUAACGUUAUUAUGCCUGGAUGUUCUGUGGAGGAUUGCUUGAGGAAAUUCUUUGUGUCAGAACGGCUAGAUAAUUAUUGUUGCAGUCACUGUUGGCAUGGUGCUGCAAUAAAGUUCUUAUCUUCAAUGGAUGAGUGUGAGGCAGAUAUUGGAAAACUUAGGCUCUGCUGUGAGCAUGGUUCUUGUGACUGCAAAAAGCUUCCUCACCUUGAAGCACUACCAUGGUCAAACAACUUUUCACACACUUUCAAGCAACUAAAUAUUGCUCGAAGUCCGAAGAUUCUAUGCAUUCAUCUACAGCGUGCUUCAAUGAAUGAGUAUGGAGAGCUAGUUAAACUUCAGGGCCACGUGUCUUUUCCUCUGAUUUUAAACCUGAACUCAUUCGUGAAGAGUGGGGUGGUGACGAAGAACUGGGAAGAAAACGUGCAAAGCUUCCGACCAAAGCAACAAUAUCAACAUUACGCCAAUCAUUUGCAUUCGCAACUUGAUACGAACAUGCUAAAGGGCAUUUACUCAAAAGCCGGAUUUAUCGAGGACUUGGGACAACCAGGGUUUGAAAUCUCAGGUGGUGACACCCAUAGUCCAGCUUUUCAAGGGAAAUCAAAUGUGCCCCAAAGUGGGGGCUUCUCAGACACGGUAAUUGGUGAUGCAGCCAUGCAGUCUGAUAACAAGGUGGGUGGGACUUUCUGUUUUGUACCUUCAGAACGUCACAUGUACUGUUUAGUUUCUGUUGUGGAGCACUUCGGAAGGUCGGGAAGUGGUCACUACACUGUUUACCGAAGAGCGAAAGCCAAAAACGAUGGAGAUGAUCCUGUUGGGAUAGCGGAGCCUGCUCUUGUACGUUGGUUUUGUAUAUCAGAUUCACAAGUACAUAGUGUUUCAGAGGAAGAGGUUCUUGCUGCAGACGCUAGUGUCCUUUUCUAUGAGAGAAUUUCAGAGGACUAGAAAAUUUCGAAAUAGUUGAUUUUUGUCAAUAUUGUACUUGGGAAGAACUAAAAAAUUAGCUGGUGUUUUGUUGUUUCGGUCCCUGAAUUAAUUAACUAUUCUUGAAUAUUGUUUUCAAA